AAUAUUUUUACCUGUCCAGCCUGGCUUUGAAGACCCCAAUGCCCUGAAGACGCAAAUCGUGCGUUACUGUGCGGUGUCCAGUAUUGAGAACAGUCACCAUGCGCCCAUCACAGACAUCAUGUGGCUACCGGAUCAUGUCGAGAUCAACAGAAUGGGAGUGCCCCAGGAAAACAAGGGUUUUGAGUCCUGUCAGAUAUUCACAUGUGCAACAGACAACUGUAUCCUGGUUUGGGACACAAGACCUACCAAAGGACCACAACAACAACAACAGGGGGCCAAGCCCAAAGACAAGGACGGCACCAAAAACCCCAUAGGCGUCCCCGACACCUUCAAGCACCUUGACCUCACAUGGAAGCCCAUGCUGAAGGUCCAUCUCCACAAAUCUGAGCCGGGCGGUGAUCAUGCACCAACAAAGUUCUCAAUAGCAGAGAAGCAGGGGGAUAGAGGGGCAUUAUCCAAGGCGACCGAUGGUGGUGUCCCGGACAAGGAGGCAAGUGUGACUGGCGGAUAUUUCCAUUCCGGGAAACCCGAGUCCGGCCGUGAGAAGAGGACCCUACAAACAGUCAAGACACAUUUCUUUGUUGGCACCGAGGACGGGGAGGUGGUCUAUGUUGACUGGAUGCCACAGAAGGAUCAGGACACAGGCAAGAUCCAAACGCCAAAACCAGAUUUCUAUCACACCAUGCAUGACGGGCCCAUCAUGACGGUCCAGCGAUCCCCAUUUUUCAUGGAUAUCCUCCUUGUGGUUGGCGGUUGGAACUUCACAAUCUGGAAAGAGGCUGUUGUUAUCGACAAGAAUAACCCAAGCUCUGCUGAAUCGCUGAAAACUUUGAACGUUGCUGAAAACGAUGCAUUAAAGUCAGGACCGAUCCUCCAGUCUGCCCCAAACCCAAUCUGUAUGACUUCCGGGUUUUGGUCCCCCUCCCGUCCGGGAGUGUUCUACAUAUCUAAGGUGGAUGGCAGCGUCGACGUAUGGGACUUACUGGACAAGACCCAUGAACCCUCCAUCACCCAGAGCGUGUCCCCAUCAGCAAUCACAAAGAUUUACCCGCACGCAGUGUCUCACAAGCAGCACCUGUUGGCUGUGGGUGACAGUUCCGGUACCCUGCAUAUCCUGGAGAUACCCUGGAGCCUGCGCCUGCCUGCACCCAAUGAGGUGACUGGGGUAGCCAACUACUUUGAGCGGGAAGUGAAGAGGCGAGGCUUCGUGGUGCAGAGGUGGGACUUCCGAGAGCAUGAGAAGCGAGAACUUGAGGCUGAGGCCAAAAAGAAGGCUGGGAUUGCGCCGAAUGUGCUGCUGACAGACGAGGAGAUUGAGUACCGCUUGAAGCUGGAGUACCAGGCCUAUAUGGAGGCGGAGGGGAACUUCUUGCGAGAGCUUGGGAUCACCAAGGAGGAGGAACCACUGCCCCAGACGUAGACCGGGUGUGUUUUAUAAGUGGUGAAAUUUGAGAGCGAUGAAGGGAGGGCGACGGGGGUUAUUAUGCAUUUUUUAAAUUUUGUAUACUCAUGGCUAAAGUUCUUUCACACAAAUGGACAAGAAUAUGUUUCAGAAUUUUUAGUUCAGUACUUGCUCUGGCAUGGAAAACCUGGAAUUCAUUCUGACGUUUAUCUUCAAGUAUGGUAAAAUGUAUGUAUUUGAGCAGCACUCUGUGAUAACCAGCUUUACUGCACGUGAGUUAAAGUGUCUAAACUCUCUGCUUUUAUGGAUUUUUCCGUUUACAUGAAUAUGCUUCUUAAUGCAAAUCCAGUGUAGGCUGCAAGUGGUGUCCCUGAUGAGUCUGUGCCCACUGCACAGAUUUAUAUGGAUAGACUCUUUACCCACUUGCAUUGAGGCUGUAUUUUUCCAUAGAGCAGCUCACAUACAAUACAUUCAUUCUAUGUCAGAUACUAUAUUAUAAUGAGCAACUCCAGAUGAGUUGCCCUGUCAAUCAUAACCAACAUGUUAUUGUUCCGACAAAUAAACAAAAUAGUUUG